AUGUCCGACUCAGACACCGAUCCCGCAGUCUUGAUCAUAGGCUGUGGUCCAGCAGGAUUGAUCAACGCACGGACACUGCUACAAGAUGGUUUCAAAGUCACCAUCGUAGCUAAGGAAGAAGACGUAGGUGGAUGCUGGAGGAAUACAUACCCCGACUUGACCACCAACUCGCCAUGGGGUGCAUUCACUUUCUCUGGACUGGAUAUGGCCAAACCAUCCAAUCAUAAAGGUGAUGUCGUACCCGCUCGAACGUAUAGACGGUACUUGGAAGAUUUCUAUCAUCAUUUUGUGAAAGAUGAAGCGGAGGUGUUGUUCAAUACUGAGAUCGUAUCCUUACUACCUCAAGAGGAGAAUCAAAGAGGAUGGGUAGCUCAGCUGAAGGCCAAAGAGGGAAGGGAAGAGGGAAGGUCAUUUGAUAAAGUCGUAUUGGCUACAGGGUUGAGUUGCAAACCAUUCAUUCCAGAUAUAUUCAAAGACUCGCCUAUACCGACGUAUCACACCUCUUCUCUAGGAUUUUCUGAUCAACUCAACAAUCUGAUCAACACCGUAACUUCAUCCACUGACAAGCCCACCGUCGAAGGAGAUGCAGAUACAAUUCUUGUGGUGGGAGGAGGGAAAAGUGGGAUGGACACUGCUGCCUUACUUGCCAAUCGAGGUAAAAAGGUCAUAUGGACUUUUAGAGGUCGACUUAAAUGGUUUGCGCCGACGGUACCGCCAGGUAUGAUGGGUGCCAAUCGCUUGGAUAUAAUGUGCGAAACGGGUGAGAGCGUUUUGGAAGAUGAUGCGAUCAGGAUGGACACAUACAUAUGUCGAACAUGGUCUUCCACCACCUGA